CAUUUUUUCGACGCUGGACGCAGCUCCUCUGAUCCCCAACAAACUUUACGUGACGCACCUGCCAUCACAUAUCUCGUUCCCGACCUGCACAUCUUUGUCGUGGAACGUUUUUGCGUGCCUUUUAAAGUCUUGGAUUUCUUUCUGAUUGUCGGUCGAGUGCACACAUUUAAAAUGCUGUCGCAGAGAUUAAUAGGCCGCACUGCGGUCAAGUCCGCGUUCAAACCGUCAGGGCUGCCAUCCAUUGUUGGCGCGUCAAGGUGGAGGCGGACAUAUGCCACCGAGGCUGAAACGAGGGAUCUCGUCAUCAUCGGCGGCGGCGUCGCCGGCUACGUCGCCGCCAUCAAAGCUGGCCAGGAGGGCAUGAAGGUUACAUGUAUUGAGAAGCGCGGGACCCUCGGCGGUACCUGCCUCAACGUGGGCUGCAUCCCAUCAAAAUCGCUCCUUAACAAUUCGCACUUGUACCACCAGAUUCUCCACGACUCGAAGCAUCGCGGCAUCGAGGUCGGCGACGUCAAGCUCAACCUGAAGCAGCUGAUGAAGGCGAAGGAGCAGUCAGUCGCAGGCCUGACCAAGGGUGUCGAGUUCCUGUUCAAGAAGAACGGCGUCGAGUACCUGAAGGGUACGGGGUCGUUCCAGGAUGAGCACACGAUCAAGGUUCAGCUCAACGAUGGCGGCGAGACGAGCGUGACGGGCAAAAACAUUCUUAUCGCGACCGGUAGCGAGGCUACCCCCUUCCCCGGCCUCGAGAUUGACGAGAAGAGGGUGAUUACCAGCACCGGUGCCAUUGCCCUUGAGGAGGUUCCCAAGAAGUUGGCGGUCAUUGGCGGCGGCAUCAUUGGUCUCGAGAUGGCGUCUGUGUGGUCUCGCCUCGGAUCUGAGGUCACCGUGGUUGAGUUCCUCGAUCAGAUUGGCGGUCCCGGCAUGGACUCCGAGAUUGCGAAGAGCAUCCAGAAGAUCCUGAAGAAGCAGGGUAUCAACUUCAAGACGGGCACCAAGGUUGUCAGUGGCGACAAGAGCAGCGAAGGCGUUAAGCUGAACAUCGACUCAGCCAAGGGUGGCAAGCCGGAGACGCUCGACGCUGACGUUGUCCUGGUCGCGAUCGGCCGUCGCCCGUAUACCCAAGGGCUUGGCUUGGAGAACAUUGGCCUUGAGCUCGACGAGCGCGGCCGUGUGAUCAUCGACUCGGAGUACCGCACCAAGAUCCCACACAUCCGCUGCGUCGGCGACGUCACCUUCGGCCCCAUGCUCGCGCACAAGGCUGAAGAGGAAGCUGUUGCUGCCGUCGAGUACAUCAAGAAGGGCUACGGCCACGUCAACUACGGCUGCAUCCCAUCCGUCAUGUACACCUUCCCCGAGGUCGCGUGGGUUGGCCAGUCGGAGCAAGACCUCAAGAAGGCGGGCGUCAACUACCGCGUCGGUACCUUCCCCUUCAGUGCCAACUCGCGCGCCAAGACCAACCUGGACACGGAAGGCAUGGUCAAGAUGCUUGCCGAUGCUGAGACGGACCGGCUGCUUGGCAUCCAUAUCAUCGGCCCCAAUGCCGGCGAGAUGAUUGCCGAAGGUACGCUGGCGCUCGAGUACGGCGCGUCGAGCGAGGAUAUCGCGCGCACUUGCCACGCGCACCCCACCCUCGCCGAGGCUUUCAAGGAGGCGGCCAUGGCGACGUACUCAAAGCCGAUCCAUUUCUAAGCUGAGUGGGCUGCUUUGGAGGUAUGAGGCAUGGCGUUUUCUUGAAUCCCCUGUACUUUAGCUUGUUCUCGGUUCAAGGCAUCAUAGGCCGAACAGCGCUUGCCUUUUGCCCUUGCCUUGCCUCAUCUUACGUUCUGGUAUGGAGAUGGUUUUAUAUAUAUAUGGGUGGACGGAAACGAGUCGAGACAUGUAGAAUUUUCGUUAAGAUGAUAGAGAUUUUUGGUUAUUCUACGCGAAAUACCAGGUGUCGGUACUGGGUCUUGGUCCAGCGGUGAUUUUCGGGAGCGCUCCAGCAAGGAACGACUUCUGAAUCGCAAUCGUACGGUUCGUUUGUACAACCGAGCAGGGCGAAGUAGUCCACAUCAACACUGCGUGUCAGCCGGAGCCAAGGGUCAAGAAAGCCGUCCCCCUACACUAUAGUCCGUAGUGUACCCUACAACCCCCUCCCCCCCCCC